AACAUUUCACUGAGGACAUACAGACUCGACAGUAUCGCUCCAUCGAGGUGUUGUUGGGAAGCGGCUAUGGGACAGCAGCUGAUAUUUGGAGCACAGCGUGUAUGGCCUUCGAGUUGGCAACAGGAGAUUAUUUAUUUGAACCACACUCAGGAGAAGAUUACACACGAGAUGAAGAUCAUAUCGCUCACAUGAUCGAGUUGCUGGGGAACAUCCCAACGGCGUUCGCAUUAUCCGGACACUAUUCCCGGGAAUUCUUCACUCGCAGAGGUGACCUGAGGCACAUUAAGAAGUUAAAGCCUUGGCCGCUCUACGAGGUGCUGGUGGAGAAAUAUGAUUGGUCCCUGGAGCUCGCUGCCCAGUUCACCCAGUUCCUGCUGCCCAUGUUGGAGUUCAUCCCGGACCGAAGGGCUACAGCCUGGCAGUGCCUCCAACACCCCUGGCUCAACCCUGACCCCUGACCUCCCACCUCCAAACCUGCACUCUGACCCUGGCUUGAGCCUGACCCCUGACCGCCAGCCCCGGCCCUGGCUCAAGCCUGACCUCCAACUGUGAACCCUGACUCCGGCUCAGCCCUGACCCCUCACCUCCCACCUCCAAACCUGAACUCUGACCCUGGCUCGAGCCUGACCCCUGACCGCCAGCCCCGGCCCUGGCUCAAGCCUGACCUCCAACUGUGAACCCUGACUCCGGCUCAGCCCUGACCCCUCACCUCCCACCUCCAAACCUGAACUCUGACCCUGGCUCGAGCCUGACCCCUGACCGCCAGCCCCGGCCCUGGCUCAAGCCUGACCUCCAACUGUGAACCCUGACUCCGGCUCAGCCCUGACCCCUCACCUCCCACCUCCAAACCUGAACUCUGACCCUGGCUCGAGCCUGACCCCCUGACCGCCAGCCCCGGCCCUGGCUCAAGCCUGACCUCCAACUGUGAACCCUGACUCCGGCUCAGCCCUGACCCCUCACCUCCCACCUCCAAACCUGAACUCUGACCCUGGCUCGAGCCUGACCCCUGACCGCCAGCCCCGGCCCUGGCUCAAGCCUGACCUCCAACUGUGAACCCUGACUCCGGCUCAGCCCUGACCCCUCACCUCCCACCUCCAAACCUGAACUCUGACCCUGGCUCGAGCCUGACCCCUGACCGCCAGCCCCGGCCCUGGCUCAAGCCUGACCUCCAACUGUGAACCCUGACUCCGGCUCAGCCCUGACCCCUCACCUCCCACCUCCAAACCUGAACUCUGACCCUGGCUCGAGCCUGACCCCUGACCGCCAGCCCCGGCCCUGGCUCAAGCCUGACCUCCAACUGUGAACCCUGACUCCGGCUCAGCCCUGACCCCUCACCUCCCACCUCCAAACCUGAACUCUGACCCUGGCUCGAGCCUGACCCCUGACCGCCAGCCCCGGCCCUGGCUCAAGCCUGACCUCCAACUGUGAACCCUGACUCUGGCUCAACCCUGACCCCUGACCUCUCACCGUGGACCCCGACUCUGAUCCAACCCUGACCUCCAGCCGCCAACCCUGACCCUGGCUCAAGCAUGACCCCUGACAUCUCACCAUGGACCCCGACCCAACCCUGACCUCUGACCGUGAACCGUGAUCUCUCACCAUGAACUCUGGGUCAACCCUGACCGCUGAAUGUGAACCCUGGCCCAACUCUGACCCCUGACCAUGAACCCUGAUCCUGGCCCAACCCUGACCUCCGACUGUCAAUCCUGACCCCCCCCCCCCGAGCGUGAACCCUGAACCCCUGACCUCUCACCAUGAACCCCGACUCUGAUCCAACCCUGACCUCCGGCCGUGAGCACUGACCCUGACCCAGACUCAACGCUGAACGGGGCUCACUCCGCGACCCCUGAUGUGACCUGUAAUCACGAACCUUGACCCAGACAGAGUCGGGGAGGAGGAGAGUGAGACAGAGACGGAGGGAGACUGAGUGCGGGGACAGGGCG